GUGAACGUAGAACGUAGUGAUUAUAUGCUCUUUGUUCAGUCCCUGAGCAUUUAAGCAAGCUGGACCCUGUGAGGAUCACCUGAAGUUCUGAAGACUCCGUCAACGCCCCGGUGGUUCUAUAUCGUGUUAAACAAAUGUUGUGAUUAGUACAAAACAUGAGUGCUCACAGUAGAGCUCUAAACGCCUUUUGUGCGACAUGUCUAAGCCGGGAUAGACAAAUGUUUACACUGCCGUUACAACACAUCAAACCCGUUUCUAUGUUCUAUAAAGACUUGACGCUGACGGAACAUGACAAGAUAUGCUGGGAGUGCAAACAUUUUGUUAUAAAAAUGGUCCAUUUUAAAGACAGAGCCCUAAAAGCACAAAGUACUCUUGCAAUGUUGUAUAAACCAUCAAUCUCUCUUCAAAGUCUAUCCAAGCUAACAACAUCCAAUCGCUUCAACAUGGAAAUAACAAACCCACCACAAAAAACAGAACCUACACAAGAAAAUCUAGAUCCCCUUCUUAUAGAGAGAAUAAAAUCUGAGCCUGACACAGAUUAUGGUGCACCAAGUGAAUGGAACACACACGCUGAUGAAAAAUUUAUGAUUGAAGUAUAUGAACAUGGAGUUAAUAUACCACCUGAUAGGCUUUUGAUUAAACUUGAACGUCUACCUGAUAGACACGAAAAUGCUGGAGUUUGUGACGCUAGUGUGUCACAAAAGGAACCUGUACUUCAAAGACAUGAACACGCUGGAGUUUGUGACGCUAGCGUGUCACAAAAGGAACCUGUACCUCAAAGGCAUGAACACGCUGGAGUUUGUGACGUCAGUGUGUCACAAAAGGAACCUGUGCCUAAAAGACAUGAACACGCUGGAGUUUGUGACGCCAGUGUGUCACAAAAGGAACCUGUGCCUAAAAGACAUGAACACGCUGGAGUUUGUGACGCUAGUGUGUCACAAAAGGAACCUGUACCUCAAAAACAUGAAAACGCUGGUGUUUGGGAAACUAUGUUAAAUCGUCAACCGGUGCCUAUGAGACAUGAAACUGGGGUAUGGGGUGGAGUUGGAUUUGCGGAUGCAACGCUAAUGUCACUCUUGAAUAGGAAACACGUUUCAUACCCACCACCAAUAAGCGUAGUGCCCAAACGAAAACUACCAAUGAUGGAAGUCCCUACACUGAGAAUCCUACCUAAAAACCCUACGCCGGCGAUAGAUGUAGAAAAACACUCACUUGGAGAGAACUCUGAAAAACCAGCAUCCGAUCCAUCAGCUCCUAGUUUUACAGAAAAGAGAUUGACAGAAGAGGAGAGAGAGAGAUGGUGGGAGAGUAAGAAAGAGAAUGAGUUUUAUGCAAAAAGUAUAGAAGUGUUUAAAUGUGCGAAAUGUGUGGAGCCCUUUUUUACAAGGAGGACGUUUUUGGGGCAUGAGAAGAUGCAUACUGAGAUGUAUGGCAAGCUGUCCUGUGACAUUUGCGAGCUGAGGUACCACACCGAGCAAACCCUGGCGACGCAUAAGGACAGACAUUAUAGACUGCUGAAGUGUACCCGAUGUGCCCACGCGUGGGACACUCCUAACUCCAUGCGUCGGCACUGCGAGACCGAACAUUCCGUCCCCGUUACUCUCUGGAACUGCGAUAUCUGUUCUCGCGAGUUCAGUCGCUACAGAAAAUACUUGAAUCACAUCCGCGGUCACGGCUGCGAGGAAUGCCCUCAGUGCGGGAAGAAGAUAUUCGACCCCAUGAACCGCAUGAAGUACCAUUUGCUUACACAUAAGGAUAUGGAGCGGUUAUUCAAGUGCUCAGAGUGUGAUAAGAGUUUCAAGUUUAAGGCAACCCUGACUACGCACGUCGCUCGAGUCCAUACUGGCAAAGAUGCUGUGAUGUAUUGCGCAAAAUGUAACAAGCAUUUCAAAAACGUCUACUCUUACAGCAAGCAUAUGAGGUACUCCGACCAACACGUCUCUAGCGAUAUGCUCACGCAUAACUGCACAGAGUGCAGUAGAAUGUUUCCGACCGGCACCAUGCUGCGGCGGCACAUGGAGAGCGUGCACAGCAACGAACGGAAAUACGAGUGCCCAGUGUGCCACGAGAUGUUCAGGUCGUCGACGAACCGGACGCGGCACCGGCGACUGGCGCACGAGAAUCACUUCGAGCCCAAGGACAAGAUGUGCGACCACUGCGGGAAGGCCUUCAAGACAAAAAAAGUGCUCGCGGAUCACAUCAACACGCACACAGGCGCGCGCCCGUUCGUGUGCACGCUGUGCGGGGCGGACUUCGGGCACAGGAGCGCCCUCUACCUGCACGGCCGGUACAAGCACAAGAUACCGAAGAAAAACAUUACGAGAACUGUUAAGAAAGUUAAAGUGAAGACUGAAGAGGCAAUUGAUGGCGGCAGUUAAUUUAUCAGAACUGGAAAAUUACUGUCUUGGGUGAGACUUGAACUCACGGCCUCUGGAUCGAUACUCCAGUCUGCCAACUGAACCACCAAGACCACAUCCAUAGCCAGCGAAUCUUAUUGUCAGAAACCGAAACCAAAAAAAGUGACAAAUGAUAGUUUCGUG